AUGGCUGAGCAGUGCCAGGCGGCGAGGUCCAGCGAGCCAGGGCGCGUCACUACUCGCCGGACGAGUGUGGAAGACUGGGCGAGGCGGCCGGCAGCCGCGCCAGGCGACGAGGUCCAGCGAGGCAGGGCGCCUUACUACUCGCCGAACGAGUGUGGAAGACUGGGCGAGGCGGCCGGCAGCCGCGCCAGGCGGCGAGGACCAGCGAGGCAGGGCGCCCCACUACUCGCCGAACGAGUGUGGAAGACUGGGCGAGCCGGCCGGCAGCCGCGCCAAGCGGCGAGGUCCAGCGAGGCAGGGCACCCCACUACUCGCCGAACGAGUGUGGAAGAGGGGCGAGGCGGCCGGCAGCAGUGUCAGGCGGCGAGGUCCAGCGAGCCAGGGCGCGUCACUACUCGCCGGACGAGUGUGGAAGACUGGGCGAGGCGGCCGGCAGCCGCGCCAGGCGACGAGGUCCAGCGAGGCAGGGCGCCUUACUACUCGCCGAACGAGUGUGGAAGACUGGGCGAGGCGGCCGGCAGCCGUGCCAGGCGGCGAGGUGCAGCGAGGCAGGGCGCCUUACUACUCGCCGAACGAGUGUGGAAGACUGGGCGAGGCGGCCGGCAGCCGUGCCAGGCGACGAGGUCCAGCGAGGCAGGGCGCCUUACUACUCGCCGAACGAGUGUGGAAGACUGGGCGAGGCGGCCGGCAGCCGUGCCAGGCGGCGAGGUGCAGCGAGGCAGGGCGCCCCACUACUCGCCGGACGAGUGUGGAAGACUGGACGAGGCGGCCGGCAGCAGUGCCAGGCGGCGAGGUCCAGCGAGCCAGGGCGCGUCACUACUCGCCGGACGAGUGUGGAAGACUGGGCGAGGCGGCCGGCAGCCGCGCCAGGCGACGAGGUCCAGCGAGGCAGGGCGCCUUACCACUCGCCGAACGAGUGUGGAAGACUGGGCGAGGCGGCCGGCAGCCGCGCCAGGCGGCGAGGACCAGCGAGGCAGGGCGCCCCACUACUCGCCGAACGAGUGUGGAAGACUGGGCGAGCCGGCCGGCAGCCGCGCCAAGCGGCGAGGUCCAGCGAGGCAGGGCACCCCACUACUCGCCGAACGAGUGUGGAAGACUGGGCGAGGCGGCCGGCAGCCGCGCCAGGCGGCGAUGUCCAGCGAGGCAGGGCGCCCUACUACUCGCCGAACGAGUGUGGAAGAGGGGCGAGGCGGCCGGCAGCAGUGUCAGGCGGCGAGGUCCAGCGAGCCAGGGCGCGUCACUACUCGCCGGACGAGUGUGGAAGACUGGGCGAGGCGGCCGGCAGCCGCGCCAGGCGACGAGGUCCAGCGAGGCAGGGCGCCUUACUACUCGCCGAACGAGUGUGGAAGACUGGGCGAGGCGGCCGGCAGCCGUGCCAGGCGGCGAGGUGCAGCGAGGCAGGGCGCCUUACUACUCGCCGAACGAGUGUGGAAGACUGGGCGAGGCGGCCGGCAGCCGUGCCAGGUGACGAGGUCCAGCGAGGCAGGGCGCCUUACUACUCGCCGAACGAGUGUGGAAGACUGGGCGAGGCGGCCGGCAGCCGUGCCAGGCGGCGAGGUGCAGCGAGGCAGGGCGCCCCACUACUCGCCGGACGAGUGUGGAAGACUGGGCGAGGCGGCCGGCAGCCGCGCCAGGCGACGAGGUCCAGCGAGGCAGGGCGCCUUACUACUCGCCGAACGAGUGUGGAAGACUGGGCGAGGCGGCCGGCAGCCGUGCCAGGCGGCGAGGUGCAGCGAGGCAGGGCGCCUUACUACUCGCCGAACGAGUGUGGAAGACUGGGCGAGGCGGCCGGCAGCCGCGCCAGGCGACGAGGUCCAGCGAGGCAGGGCGCCUUACUACUCGCCGAACGAGUGUGGAAGACUGGGCGAGGCGGCCGGCAGCCGUGCCAGGCGGCGAGGUGCAGCGAGGCAGGGCGCCCCACUACUCGCCGGACGAGUGUGGAAGACUGGGCGAGGCGGCCGGCAGCCGCGCCAGGCGGCGAGGUCCAGCGAGGCAGGGCGCCCCACUACUCGCCGAACGAGUGUGGAAGACUGGGCGAAGCGGCCGGCAGCCGCGCCAGGCAGCGAGGUCCAGCGAGGCAGGGCGCCCCACUACUCGCCGAACGAGUGUGGAAGACUGGGCGAGGCGGCCGGCAGCCGUGCCAGGCGGCGAGGUACAGCGAGCCAGGGCGCUCCACUACUCGCCGAACGAGUGUGGAAGACUGGGCGAGGCGGCCGGCAGCCGCGCCAGGCGGCGAGGUCCAGCGAGGCAGGGCGCCCCACUACUCGCCGAACGAGUGUGGAAGACUGGGCGAGGCGGCCGGCAGCCGUGCCAGGCGGCGAGCUCCAGAGCGACCAAAGAAUAUCCACGAUAUACUACAUGGACGUCAUCAUGGGCGACGAUGAACUCGACGUAGACACCGACGAAGGUGAGCACGACUGA